CUCGAACUACCUAAAAAAUAAUACUAUUUUAGACUAAUAUAAAAAAUAUACAAUGGAUUCAGACGUCGAUAGUGGUGAAACCAUUUCAAAUUUCACGGAUUCCGAUGAAACUGAGGAAUAUUUUGUGGAGAAGAUUUUGGAUCGCAGGCAUUAUAUGGGCCAAGUGCAAUACUUGGUCAAAUGGCUACAUUACACCGAUGAAGAUAACACCUGGGAGUCGGCCACAGAUCUGGAUUGUCAUUCACUGAUUAAAUCGUUCGAUUCGCAAAUAGGUCUGAAGAGGGCGCAAGAUCUGAAUAAUCUAUACGAAACUAAGGCUAAAAGGCUGAGAAUUGAUCCUUGCGUAGUUGUCGAUAGUCCGUUUAAGCAUGGCUUCACUGCUCAAGAAAUUUUGAAGGGCUCCAAGAAUAAUGGUAGAACAUCAUUCUUAAUAAGAUUUUGGCAUCUCGAUCAACCUCAAAUGGUGCCAAGUGAAAUUGCAUAUGUGGAAAUACCGCAGAUGGUUCUAAAAUUCUAUGAAAGUCAGUGCAACUUUCAGGAUUACUUAAAUAAUUAUAUUUCCUGAGUUUCAGUUCUGCAUCUUCCAUCUUUUAUA